CAGAAGAAAGUCCCCAGUACAGAAGGCUGCUCCAUUGGUAAACAUACAGACCAGCAGACCAUUAGAGUUAGUCUGUAUGGAUUUCCUGUCAGUAGAACCCGACAGUAGCAACACUAAAGACAUCUUGGUAAUUACUGACCACUUCACGAAGUAUGCCGUCGCAAUUCCCACUCGAAAUCAAAAAGCUCAGACGGUUGCCAAGUGCCUUUGGGACCAGUUUUUAGUACAUUACGGUUUCCCAGAGAAGUUACACAGUGACCAAGGGCCAGAUUUUGAGUCUCACACCAUCCGGGAAUUGUGUAAGAUAGCUGGCAUUCGUAAAGUAAGAACAACGCCAUACCAUCCUAGGGGAAACCCUGUAGAGCGAUUUAAUAGGACACUACUGCAAAUGCUGGGUACCUUGGAGAACAAACAGAAAGCUCAUUGGAAAGAGUAUGUCAAGCCGCUGGUACAUGCGUAUAAUUGCACCAGAAAUGACGUUACGGGCUACUCUCCUUAUGAGCUAAUGUUUGGAAGGCAGCCUCGGUUGCCCCUAGAUAUUGCUUUUGGGAUCUUAAACGACGAACCGUAUCAAUCUCAUUCAAAAUAUGUAACCUCUCUAAAGAAUAGGUUAGAAGAAAGCUACAAAUUGGCUUUGGAAAAUAGCAUGAAAGUAGCCGAGAGGAAUAAAAAGAGGUUUGACAGUAAUGUGGUGGUUUCUGUUUUGGAAGUAGGCGAUAGAGUUUUAGUCCGGAAUGUCCGGUUGAGGGGAAAACAAAAAUUGGCGGACAAAUGGGAAUCAGAUGUGUACAUUGUGUUAAAGAAAGUACAAGAUGUUCCUGUGUAUACAAUUUGUCCUGAAGGGACAGACAGUCCUGUCCGUACUCUGCACCGUGACCUGCUCCUACCUUGUGGGUUUUUACCCGGUGUUGAGGCAGACAAAACUACUUUACCUAAGGUGCAUCAGAAAUGUCAAACUGGGCCUCAGUCUUGUAUGGAACAUGCUGAUGAGGCAGGAAAUUCAAAUGAUGAGGAAAAUUCUGAAAGUGAUUCUUAUUGUUUUGUACCCAGAGAAAAUUUAGAAGUGGUCACUCGGUACAUACCACAUGAGAGUUCUUCCCAUCAUUUGGGGAGUCCCCCAAUCACAGACACAGUUGAGGUAGCAGGUACCAGCCAGACAAACGUAAAUUCUCUGAAAGAAAAGCGGCUUAAAGCUAGUGAGGUAAUCAGGAAAUCAUGUGAUGGAGUGAAUAAGAACUUACCUGUGAGUGAUGGAAUGGGAUCUGAAAUUGUGGAAAUUGAGCCUGGGGGAUGUAGAACAAACAAUGAUGUAAGAGUGUCCUGGGAGGAGGAAAGUAAUAACUCUGAGGCAUUGGAUGAGUAUUCUGAAACAGAAGUGCUGUAUCCAGUUGAGAAAUUGAAGGUUGUUCAGAUUGAGAAGGAUGACCCCAAGCUUGAGACGGUUCCUGAGGAUCAUCUUUCAGGUGAUGGGAUGCCAGGAAAAGAGAACUCACCGAAUGAGGGUGUUAGACGUUCUGCAAGGCAGAUCAAACCCCCAAAGAAAUUUCAUUAUCCCCAUUUAGGGAAUCCUUUAAUUUCAGUGGUUCAGUCCUUAUUACAAGGAUUAAGUGCUGCUUUUGCUCAGUCAGAGGAAAAUUCCGAUUUUAUUUUGAAUCAGAGUGCUAUGGUACCGGGCGACCCCUUGUCAGUGAUGACAACACAGCCAUUUGCAUGCCCGAGGACGUGCAUAAGAUCAAAGGGGAGGGUGUAACCCUGGUUACAAACAGUAUUAAGAUGUGAUUGAAAAAUGUAAAUGAGCAGAAGGUAAUAAUUUUUUAUGAGCAGUAAGACAGCAAAUGAAAAUAUGUUGUACUUUGGAGAACUGACCAAUGAUAUUUGAGAAUGGUGGUUAGCGCAUUUUUCAUUUCCUUAAGUAGUACGCGAUUGAGUUUUUCCUUCUUUUUUUCUUCACUCGGUGGAACAGAAGAGAGUAGAUGUGUUUCAUUGCACUCUGAAGAUAUUAGAAAUGUUAUUAGUCAAAUAGCAAUAUUUGAUUUAAUAUUGAAGUGAUUUAGACAAGAUUUAACAUGUGAAAUGGAAGAUUUCGUGUAAAAAAAAGAAAAAAGGAUUUUAUUUAGCUGAGACUGACGCGACUGCUGAGAAGAAGCCUCGUUAACGCAUAGCGUGUUACUAAACGCAUUAACCAGUUGUUUUAUGAAGAGCGAAAGAGUUUGUAAUGAGAGUGUAACUUUGAGGAGAUGUUUGAGCAAAAGAUCAAUGGAAAUCUGAGUUCUUUUGGAGUUAAAAUAUUCAAGUUCAUCAGUGGUCUUGGUCAGGUUUUUUUUUGUGUGUGUGUUUGUUUCUUUCUGUUUAUUGUUUUUUUGGUUUCAUCAUCUCCUGCCUGAUGAAUACUGUGUGCUGAUGAGCCAAGGUUGCAUUGAAGUGACGUUCACCGAAGUGAAGUUCUUGGACUUCCAGAAUUGUCCAAAUUCCCGUGUCGUGGAGGGAGUUGGGACUGGCGAGCCACUAGGAUCUAAAAUCAAGCUUUAAUUGAGUGACAUUGAUGUUGCCGAGUUGGACGGUAGGAAAUUGAACCAACAACACAUACACCUGUAUUUCUCUGGUUCUUUUGGAGGAUUUCAGAAGAAAGACUGAGUGGUUUCAGCCAUAUUCACAAAGUUGUGAAUUAAGAAUUAAAAGACUGAUUCACAGAACCCAUUUUGAAACUGGGAUCUAAGUUUAUGUAAAAAAAAAGGAAAUCAUAUGUGAAAUUAUUCAGAUUUAAUUUGUGUUUCUUUUAUUUGUAUUGUUGUUCUUGUCAUUUUAUUUUAUUUUUAUUUCCACAAAUUGAAAUGGGGAAAUGUAUUGGAUAAAUUGAAAGAAAUACCAAACAAGUGAAUUUACCUACUAAGAUAAUAUUUUUUUUUUUUUCCCCGUAAAAUUGUUAUUCAAAAGUUAAACUCAAGAGUAUCAUUGGAGUGGGUUCACAGGUAUCUAUCUAUAUAUUAAACUGAAACUAAUAAGAGAAUAAUACCUAGAAGAAAUCAAAUUCAAAGGGUAAUACAAUUGGCAUAAGAAAAAUUAUUCUAUAUGUUUAUUUAAUUUUUCUACACAAACUUGUGUUUUUUUUUGUUCAUUUAUUUCCUACUUCCAUGUUAUGCAUUCCAGUAAUGUGGUAUAAAUAAGGUUAAAAUAUAUAUAUUCAGCUGAACUUAAUACAAUGUCUGGGUGAGUCAUUAUUGUUGUGUGCUCCUUAUUUUCAGUAGGCGAAUCUAAUCUUCUGAUAGAU